AUGACAACAGAGAUACCAAGAACCAGUUUGGACAACUAUACUAUACGAUUAGCCAACGAUGAUCAAAAAGUACAACAUGCCAAGGCGGGCUACGAUCACUGGAAGAAGGAUAGUACUUUUCAGCAAUACUGGGAUAUAUACACGAGAGAGAGGAACGAAUCGCCUUGGGGGGUAAAAGGUAAACUCCUGACAUGGGUUCUGGUCCGAAAAGAUGACCCAGAAGGAGAGAUCUAUGCAGGAUGUGAAACUUAUUCACGAAAGGGAUUCAUAAAGCCUAAAGCAUCCGAAAUCGUAGAAGAUACUCAUCUAUACGGUAUCGCAUCGGUGGUCACACCAAGACAACAUCUCCGUAAUGGCUACGCUACUCGACUUUUGUCUUUACUUCAUUAUGAACUAUCCUCCCUUCCAUCCCCUUACUCUUCCACUCCUUCAGACACAAAACUACCUAAAGCCGUCGGCUCAAUCCUAUGGUCCGACGUAGGUUCAACAUUCUAUUCCCGAUGUAGCUCGUCAAGCGAAAGGAAAGGAUGGGCAGUUCGUGAUUCGCAGAACACCCAAUUGAUCUGGAAGAUCUUACCUCCAACUCAAACGGAAUUACCAAAAGGGUGGGAAUGGAUCUACCUCCCCGAUUUACCAGGUAUCAAAAGCAAAUUGUCCAAAUCGGUCAAACAGAAUUUGGAAAAGAUGGAUACGUCAAGUAGAUCGUUAUUCAUACAUGAUCCAAUUUCGGAAGGGACAUUGGAGUUCGUACCUACCAAAGGAACUUGGCAAAGAUCAUUGAUAAGCGAUCCGGAACCAAUAGGAAUCAAAUUCAGUCCUGUAAAUGUCCCAGAAGGGAAGAGGGAAGACACGAUCGUUAUAUUCUCACCCAAGACUAUCAACAUAGGUGAUCGAUUUUUGAUUACCUACAUCCACAACUUACGUAGUGAACAGAUACCAACACUCCUGAAUGCUUUGGAUAUAAUAGCUAGUCAAGCAGGUCAGACAGAAGGUUGGAUCUGGGAUUUACCAAGUACUGAUUCGUCCGAACAGCUAAUAGAAGCAUGGAAGAGUGUGGGUAAAGAGAGAGAAGUAACAUCUGGGAGGAGGAACGAGAUUGAUGGGCAUUUAUUGGGAGUGGCAUGGUACGGUGAUGUAAAUGACGAAGCGGAAUUGGUAGAAGGUCAAAUGUGGACUUGGUGUUAA